AUGGAGGCGCAGAACCAGGCGGAGCUCGUGCGCGCGCAGAACGCGACGAUCGCAGGGCUGUCUGCGGCAAACACGGCCCUGCACACCACAGCGACGCAGAUGCAGACCCAGAUGGAUGCGCUCAAGGAGACGAACACUACACUUCAAGGACAAGUCCGCGCGUAUGUCAGCAUGCAGGCGCCGCUUGACGCGCCGCGCGAGACGGAUGCCGAGCUUCAGGAUCAAGUCCGUGCCCACGAGGCAACCAUCAAGACGCAGGGCACGCGCAUCGACGAGCUGUGCGAGACAAACAUUGCGCUUCAGAAGCAAGUCGAUGAGCGCAAAGCAGACGUACAGUCGUGGCAGGAAAGGAGCAGCUUCUGGCAGUCGUACUACUGCAAGUACAACGAGUGGUACACGGAAUCGAGGACGGACCAUCAGAAGGCCAAGGACCGAUGCGACGAGAGCGAGAAGCGGAACGCGGCACAGCAGAAGCAGAUCGGUGCGCUGCGCACCGAAAUUUUCGGGCUCAAGAAGGCGCUGGACCAGCAGAGCGCGCACGUCAAGCACGCUGUCGCCGACAUCAGCGGUAGCGGCAACGGCGCGUUGCCCGAGCAACAUCUGUCCGAGCACAGCAACGCCCGUGCGCAGCGUGACGAUGCCAGCAUGGCACACGACGACGAGCACAUCGACGACGAUGAUGAGAGGAUGAGUGCGCGCGACUCUUCGGCAACUAGCAGCGCUCAUCACGAGAAGCCGACUGCAAGCAGCAAGGACAUUGCGCUGCGUGCGCAGAAGCGCAAGUACGGCGCGUUUGCCGACGAUGCGUUCGGUGAUGACAACUCGAGCAGCGACGAGGAGCGCCCGGCCCGUCGCAUGACGCCCAUGGACCGCGACCGCGGGCUGCCUCUGUCUUCUCCAUCCGCCAAUUCUGACGCGAGACCAUCGGAGUCUGACUCGAGCCUUCGCAACCCUGACUACUCGUCGUCUAGCGAGGAGGACAGCGACGACCCAGCGUCGUGCUCUUCCACUCUCGACGCCGCCACGCUGCUGGCCGAGAACAACGUCUCCGACUCGGCGUCCGUCAGCAGUGACGAUGAGCCUGCUCGCUCGCAUGCGUGGAAGGCCGAGACGCGCAACCGCUUUAUUCAGGCUCUGGCGCACCCGCGCAGCAAGGACCUCAGCGACCACCAGCGCAACAUCAUGCGCGCCUUCAUCAAGAAGCACGCGCGCGUGUAG